AAAUAUUGUGAAUUUAUUUAGCAAGAAAAUUUUUACACUAAAAUAAAAUACAAAAUACAGAAUAUUUUAGCUCGUGAACGGAAGUGGACGUGUAGACGUGAUUGUAACGGAUUAUUAACAAAAAUCUAGAAAAUCUCGAUAAAAUCUUAGAAAAAUCGGCGAAUACGUAAAUGUUUUUGAAUAUUGUGGAAAUUUAAACGAAAAUGUGUAUUUUUUUAAAAAAAAAAAUAUAAAAUUGAGAAAUAAAUUUUAAUGACAACAUUAACAGCAUAUCAAAUUUCAAAUAAAAAAAACCAAACAUAAAUUAUUGUACAAAAUAAUUACAUGUAAAUAAAUAAAUAAAUAAAUAAAAAGAAAAGAUUAACAAAAAACACAACUAGAGCAAACAUGUAUCUUUAAAAUUUUUUUAACAAAUAAAUAAAAAUCCAAAAAUAUUAAACAAAAUACUAAAACCGUGAUAAGAAAACAAAAGUGUUACAACAACUCUCAACAAACCAUAAAACAAAAUAUGGCAACGCUACUAAUCAAACGAGAACAACAACAACAACAAAAAACCCUAAAUGAUAAAUCAAAACAAAAGCAAACGACAGCACAAACAAAGCAGCAGCAGCAACAACAACAAUUACACCAAAACAACUGCUAUUACACUCACUAUAAAAUAAAUAAAGAUGUUAAGGAGAAUGACGAUGAUGAUGAAGACGUUGGUGACUUUUAUCACAUAAAACAAUGUUAUCAGGCAGCAACAGCCACCACUAAAACUAGCACACUAAACCAAAGAACCAACAACAACAAUUAUACAAUUUUUACAACUCCUACGACAACAGCAGCAAGUACAACAAGUACUUUAUCACAUGUUCUACAUUCACUUUCAUACAAUGGCCGCCACUCGUUUGUCACCAUGUUAUUGAUGGCAUGUUUACUGUUAGUCCACUAUGCCGUGGCUGCUCCACAAUCGUCGUGUAUACUCUGUGAUAAAAAUGAUUUACUAGCCAAAGAUCCUCAAACAAAUUACGAAGAGUUUCUAUUUGAACAUCAAGUAACCAGACAAGAUGCCAUAAAUGCCUUGCGGCAAUUGAAUGAGAGUUUUUAUGAAGGAACCGCUGCAGACAGUUCGUGUAAUGGUGUCCGCUGUACCGAAAAAGUGAUGAAAUAUUGUUUAGGUCCUCAAUUUAUAAAUGAUCAUUGUUGGUGUGAAGUGGGCCACAGUACGGAGGGCUUACCUUUUGUUCCCCAUAUAUGCUAUGUGGGCGAAAAGAUUUAUAAAACCUCAGUGGGUUCCUGUUUCUUUUACGAAGAAGUCAAGGACUGCUGCUGUUCCUCAAUAUUAGCUAAAGAGUGGCGUCAUAUAUCAGCUGGAUCUACUGUCUACAGUAAAACAUUGUUUCACAACUAUUAUGUGCUGGCCCUUAUCUCCUUGCUGUAUCUGCUAAUUAGGCGAUCGUAUAACUAAAAACAAAUCUCAUAUUUUAAUAAUAAAACGAAAUCAUUUUUAUUGUUGUCUUGUUUUUUUUUUUUUUUGUUUGUUUGUUUUAAUAAUUAUAAUCAUAAAUAAUAUGUGAGUGUUAUUUAGUCAUAGAUGCAUUAGAUGUAUGUACGAUAUAUGAACCUCAGUUAGGGCUAAUCACAGUUAAAAUAAAAUAAAAAUAAUAUAACAAGAGUUUUGUAUUAACUAAAGCUAAUAAUACAAGGUUGUCAGAUCUUACAAUGUUGUCAGAAAAAUGUUCAAUAAAUGGUUAACAACCAUAUGUUGCAACAUAAGUUCACAUGGUUGUGUUAAACAUUUUCUGAACAUUUUUCUGACAACCGUGUAUACGUAGCUCAAGUCACUAAAAUCUAUAUACACAAUUAAAAUAUAAGCAUUUCUUUAAACAUAUUCAAACAAAUCUUCUUAUUUAAACUGUGAAUAGCCCUUAUAUUAUAGAAAAGUAAUUAGUAUUUAGUUUAUUUUAUUUUAUAAAAGCCCAUAUAAAUAUGUUAAACUAUAAAAAGUAGUUAUUAAAUUGUAUUAAUUUUAUAUUCCUCAGCUGUGUCCAUAUUAAAUUUAAUAUUGUAAUAUUAUUUAAAAAUCAACUAACUUACUUAAAUCAAAGAAUUAUUUAAAAAAAAACUACUUAAUUAUAAUACACCUAUCAAUUUAAUUGAUGUCAUAUGUAACUAUAUAUAUUAUAUGCUGUAUCUAUUAAGAAACAAAUAACAAUUGUACAAAAAAAGAAAA